UCUGCACACGCAACGCGUAAUCAUCGCGCAUUUUUUAAGCUUCUUCCUAACAAACCACAUCCAAUGGGUCUCACCGAUGGAAGAUCCGAACCCGAAUCCGUUUCUGAAUCUUCUCUCCUCCUCCUCCCUCAAACGACGACCACAGCCGCCCAUAAGAUCCCAAAAGACUCCUUUCACUUUGCAUACAUAAUCUACUUCGCGUUAGGUGUCGGCUUCCUGCUCCCAUGGAACGCCUUCAUCACCGCGGUAGACUACUUCUCCUACCUCUAUCCAGACGUCUCCGUCGACCGCUGCUUUGCUAUCGUCUACAUGCUGGUGGCUCUGAUCUGUCUUCUCAUCAUCAUUCUCUUCUACGCUCACAAGAGCCGCGCUUACGUUCGCAUCAACAUCGGCCUGGCUCUGUUCGUUGUGGCUCUUCUUGUCGUUCCUGUUAUGGAUGUGGUUUAUAUCAGGGGUCGAGUCGGGUUGCAAAGCGGAUUCUAUGUGACCUGUAUAGCAGUCGGGCUUUCGGGUAUGGCCGAUGCGUUGAUGCAGGGCGGUCUUAUUGGGGCUGCCGGUGAACUGCCGGAAAGGUACAUGCAGGCCGUCGUUGCGGGAACUGCGGGCUCCGGUGUGCUUGUUUCAUUUCUGAGGAUCUUAACCAAAGCUGUAUACCCACAAGAUGUCCAGGGUCUGAGAAAAAGUGCAAAUCUCUACUUUGUUGUUGGGAUUGUUGUCAUGAUCAUAUGCAUUGUGUUCUACAAUGUAGCACAUACACUUCCAGUCAUUAAAUAUUACGAGGAACUCAAAAUUCAGGCUGUAAAUGAGGAGAAAGGGGAGAAAGGUUCCCCGACUGGGACUGUUUGGAGAAAAACCUUGUGGAACAUAAUAGGGAGAAUCAAGUGGUAUGGA